AUAAAAAACUUGGGCGCUAUCUUGACAUGCCAAUGAAAUGUAAAUAUUAUCGCUGCUACCAGUGACCAGUCUAUCUGGUUUUCGGAGCGAUGCGCGCGCGCCAAAUAUAAUUUGCGUGGUCCGUGUAUAAAUAUUGAAAAGUAAACAAGUAAUAUCCGUCAACAAGUGGCAAAAUGACAGGUUUUACAAUCCAACGCGUUGAAGAAGCCGAUACAGAGGAGGUCAUGAAAUUAUUGAGAAGAACAUUUUUCGUUCAUGAGCCGCUGAACAAUAAAGUCGGAUAUUGCAAAUCAGAGAGUGACGAAUGCAUUGAUCUUGAUCGCUACUGUCGCCACUGUCUUCCCGGAAUAUCCUUUAAGGCUGUUGAUAUAGAUGGAAAUAUAAUUGGAGUUCUUAUUAAUGAUGUUAGUUCAGUGAAAGAUCCAUUGGACUUCGAUAUGAUAUUAAACAUGACAGUUAGUCCAGCUUUCAAGAAGAUUCUAAACAUGUUAAAAAUUCGCGAGAGCGGAGCCAAAUUAAGUGAAAAGUACCCAAACGAUGAGAAGCUGUUAGAAAUAAAGCUCGCGGCGACAGAUGCGAAUUGGAGAAAUAAAGGUGUCAUGAAUGAGCUCAUGCAAGAAACGGAGAAAGCAGUAAAGGAGUUGGGUAUGAGGCUUAUUCGUAUUGACACUUCCAGCGCUUACUCCGCUAAGUCCGCAGAAAAAAUGGGCUUUACAUGCGUUUACCAGCGAGCUUUCUCUGACAUAAAUAUAAUCAUACCCGAUCCCCCGCAUUUAUAUGACAGAGUUUUUAUUAAAGAAAUGUUUUGAUAUAGUAUAGUACAAGUAGUACUGCUCAAUAUUUAAAGGGAAUCAAAGAUUCUGUAGUCAAAUAUGUUUGUUUGUGGAAUAAAGAUUUGUUUUAAAAACUUCUUUGCUUAUUUCUAGCUAUAUUUAUUUUGAAAGUUACAGAUACGACGACUAUCUGAAACUAUUUAAUUUCAUCUAUAUUGUCAAACAUUGAAUUAGAAGGACGCUAAUCCAGUGAACUAAAUGUAGAGAAGGUUGAACAAUGAGGGUCAAUGACCUUGGGUUUAAUGAAGUCAAUGCACUUGACCAUAUACUUAUAAACACUAUAUCCUUCAAAUCUGCGUAUUGAUUUUAUAAGAAAUAUCGGACAUAUCAUCCCAAAAUAUUUACCCUUUUCCUGCAUUCCAUUGGAAACGCGUACACAAUUCGCAUAUUGUUUUAAAAUGACAAAAUGACGCGUAGCUAAUAGACUUCAUCAGUCUAAUUUGUCAGUAAACCAAUUCCUGCCUAGUAAAUGUAUAAAAAUAAAAUACCCGACCUUAAAAGAUUAUAAUUAACUCACAGUAACAUAAGAAACAUGAAAUGUCAUUCUUAAAUGUCAAUUAUGAUCUGGCAUAUGAAUUUGCGCGGGAAAUUUCGCUUACCAUCGAAUUACCCAUCUUUAGAUAAUAGACUAAUAUUUUUUUCCAGUUACGUAAUAAAAUUUGAUCUUAAACAUAUUAUGCCUAAGGGUUUCCAAAUGAAUUAAAACAUAUCAUUUCAUGAAUUUAUUUACUUAAUUGUUAGAAUAUUUACAAAAAUAAAUUGAGGUAGUACCACAAAAUCUUUAUGUAUUUUUCUACUUUAAGUUCGCUAUUUUUAUUUACAUAUUAGGUUACUAUGCUGUGUAAAAAGAACCUGUGAACAUUAAGAAAUAAAACAAACCAUUAUCUGUUAUCUAAAAAUACCGGUCAAUUUAUAUUACAAUAAGUUAAAUCAUACUAAUUACGACUAUUUUCAAUAUAGUACUCGGAAUCAUAAUAAUUGUUUCUAGUU